GUGGCGAACAGCGGGCCUUUGAAAUCCUGCUUGUGUCCUGUCAACACAGUAUCUGAUCUUGAUCUGGCGUCGAGGGAAGAAAAAAAGAUAUCAUGAACGCCAUCUAGUGAACGUUUUCAGAAAAUGAUUUGACUCGUAAACACUAAUAAUCAUGCAUGAACUCAUAAGCACAAGGAAAAUGUUGUGUGGACGAAAUCAAAUGAGCGAAGCAUGAUACAAAAACUGGCGCCGAAGUGAGGACUCCGUGACUGCUCACCCGAGUGACGUAAAACCGUGCGUGAAAAAUCGUGUUGGAUAACAUUAUGGGCAAGAAAUCCAGCAGCCAGCACAGCAAUACCACAGACCGAGGCAGCCACACCUCUUCCUCCUCCACCUCCUCCUCCCACGGCCACUGCAGGUCCAGCCAGCCGCAGGCCACGAAGAGGCGCCGUGGGGAGCCGAGUCUGAGCCAGGACACGACGACGAUGACUUCCACGAAGACGCUGACGAUCCUGACGCCCGUGGAGGGCCUGGAGGCCGGCGGAGAGAUGCUGCGGCUCGCCCCCGUCGACGUCAAGCAGGAGGAGGACGCGGAGCUCCACCUGUUCGCGAACCACCUCACCAGCGGCAAAAAUAUCACCUCCCGCCCCUCCGCGACGGCGUCGGGCAUGUCUCCUCCGCCUCCGCCUCCGCCGCACUCGUCCUCAACCUCGUCGUCCUCCUCCAGCAACAACCUCGCCAUCCCCAUCUCCCUCAGCUCGACCUCAGCCUCCUCCUGCUUUGCGUCGGUGUUCUCGUCCUCGCCCACCUCGUGCUCCCCGCCCCCCUCCACGGGCGCUGCGCCUCCUCCUCCGCCUCCCUCGCAGCAGUCCUCCAUCGCCUCACUCUUCUCCGAACCCCCAACGUCGGGCGCGUCCUCCACAGCCGCCAGCUACGCCGCCGGGGAAGCCCCUGCGCUCACUCAGAUCGGCGGCAAGCAGCGGUGCCACGCCAACGCCCGGGAGAGGGACCGCACGCAUAGAAGCCCAAAACUGAAAUUAGCGUCGUCCCCAUUCAGCGUGAACAGCGCCUUCACCACGCUGCGCACGCUCAUCCCGACCGAACCCGCCGACCGCAAGCUCUCCAAGAUCGAGACGCUCCGCCUCGCCUCCUCCUACAUCAGCCACCUCGGCACGCAGCUCCUGGCAGGCCCCGUGGAACAGCCUUGCCUCAGACACACCCAGUACAACUACACAGGCACUGGCGAGCGAAGACCCGUGUGCACGUUCUGUCUCGCGUCACUUAAAAAGCAGCAGAAGGCGUCGAGCACGAGCAGCAGUGACAGCGUCCUGACGGGCAUGAGCGGCGUGCCCCCCGACCUGGCCUCGUACAUGAAGUCCUCUCAGCUCGACGACCCGGCAUUCCAGAUGUGCUCGUUCCUCUUCUGAUGGCGGGGCAGGUCGCCUAGGACUCGCCUGUCGCCACUUGCUGCUUACGUCAUGGGGUGGAUGCGUCUGAGAUACUUUCUUAUGUCUAAUCAUUAGUUUUUCUUUUCUUUUUUAUCAUAUAUUUUUUUCUUGUUUUUGUUAUAAUUGUCUUUAUUGUAUUCUAUUUAUUUUUAUUACUAGUACUAUCUUUAUUUGUUUUAUCUUUUUGGUGCAGUGCGUGUCCCAUAGAUGUGUUUUUUUACGUGUGUAUGUACUGUAUAUAUUUCUUUUGUCUGUCAAACUGUAGAGAUAAACUUUUUCUUGUAUUUAAUAAUCGCUAUUUUUGAUGUUCCUGUUAAAAAAAUCUGAUAUGUUGGACUGAUAUCAACCAACAAUAAAACAGUAUUUUUACGCCUGAAUUAUCCGAAAUGUCAAUACAAAAGAUAUUUGAUAGAAUAUUAGCUCAUUAAUAACUGAAUGUAAGGUAUACGUAGGGCAACCUUCUGCAAUUAAUCAAAAUAUAUUAGAAUUAGACAAAAUUACUCCUAAAAAUAAUUAUAUAAGAAAACUACUUUACAAGGAAUCAAGAAGAGAGUCACACCUAGGCAGCUUCCUCCCACUAUGUACUUAAACAGAUUUUUUUUACAUCACUCAAAAAGCUUCCAGAGCCAGUUCGGUUAGGAAAAAUUGCAAUAUAUCUGCAGUUAUUUCAUGCUUACUCUUUUUAAUAACAAAUGUGGCGUCUUCAACUGAUGUUAUUUUACAGUUUUAGAUGCCUUGCAAUAUACUGUUGAGAAGGUUAAAGGUUGUGUUAAUAUUAUGUGUAAUUUUGUUUGCUGCCAGCGGUAGUGUCUCACCAGCGAUGCCGAUUGGGUCAUUCCUACUGAUAUGCAUUGCCAAUUCUAGAGCGGGGAACAGUUUUAAAGCUGGGCACGACUGUCAAAAGGGACCAUCAUCACAUUCCCCAAACUCUCUUUUGCCGGUUGGCAUUUGCCAAAAAAAAACUUCAAAGUUGAUGAAAGGCCUCCCGUUUGAGUCCAAGUGUUGCGAAGGUGAGAGUUUGGAAAGUUUCCUGGAAAUCAGAUAAAAAUGCCUGUGUGU